UUUUAUUUUAUUUUUUAAUGAGGGGAAGAAUGAAAAAGCUUCUCCUUUUUCUUUUCAUAUUUGUAACUGAUUUGAUAUAGAGACAGCAUUAUUUUAGAAAUUCCCAAGGCAAAUCAUUUUUUUUUCUUUCUUUCUACGCCAAAUUUAAAAUAACAAGAAAAAAAAAAAGAAAGAGAGAAAGAGAUGGUAGAUCUCGAGACAAAAGCUCGACCAAACGACCUAAAGCCAACAAGACCACGCCUUGGUUAUCUUCGAUCAGCCUGGACAACGACAGACUUGUACCUUCAUAGUUCUACUUCCACUUCUAGUUCAUCAUCUGACACUGAUCCGUUGGAAGAAAACAUAUACCAGAUUCGACUACCUCCUAUUCAACUUCAUGAUCUGGAAGACGACGAUGAUGACAAGGAUGAAGUAUUGAGAGAACUUUUCCGUAUGAUCACCGUUGCCAAUAUACUUUGUCUGUCUACUUCCUUAUUGGCCUGUAGUAUGGUCUUUUGGAGUAUACCUUCUUGGUAUUACCUGGUCUCCCAUUAUCAGGAAUGGAUGCCACAUGUCAUUUUACCACUCUAUCUACUUUGGUGGCUAUUUAUGAUGCUUGUUCUUAGGAACAGAACCGAGCAUCUUCGACAAUACCUCAAUUGGACACAGACAAGUGCAGUUGUAAUGGCAUCUACCAAUUAUCUAGUGAUGGGUCGCCAACACAUUGAGUUUGUAGCCGUACCUUUACUUGCAGCACUUGUGUUUGCCUUUGCAAAGCGCUUAUGGAUCGCGAAUGAUGCAAAAACAGAAAGAUUCAAGCGACGUGUUGUUGAUGAGCGAAAUCGACUCCAGGUUAUUGUAGAUCAGUGCACGGAAGACUUUAGUAAUCAUCGCAUUGCUUUCUUGAGUACAAUAUCACAGGAAAUUCAAGAUGUAGCGUUGAUGGUCAUCACUACACUCGAACAAUUCUCACCUGCUUCUAUCUUGGCCAACACACAUGAACUAUUGUCAGCUUGUUCACUGGCUGUGCCUAUCUCCAGUAUUUCAGCAAUCAAUACCACCAUUCGACAAGUGUGUCAUGUGAGUUCACAUCUACCUCUUUUGUCCAAGUUGACACAGCAAGCCUGGUCUCGAAACACACAGUCUAUUCAACUACCAGAGCUUGUGCAUGCUGAAUUUGACAUUGGUGAAUUGCUCCAGAAUGUAGGUGAUGCCUUGGCUGGUGUUGCUUCCAAGUUGGAUGUUAAUUUUGUCAUUUAUCAUUGCGACAAUAAUUUGCAUCAUCUGCUUGUCGUAGGCGAUGAAGGCGCUAUUCGACAUGCUUUACUGAACCAUUUACGAAACAUACUAGAAUGUUGCACUCCUGGUGCCUGCAUUGAAGUAGGACUCAAUAUCACACCACUCAAAGACCCUCACAUAUCCAAAAUUACUUUCUAUAUCACUCACACCAGUUCUCCUUCGAUUCGCAAUGCCAAUGCUGCUCUUUUACCCAAUGCUAAUUUGACAGCUCAACUCUUAUCUUAUAUCCAUGCCAGUAGCACUGUGGAGGAGAACCUUGAAAGUAACCAAACUCGAUUUGAAUUUACUUUUGAGCUGAAAUGCAGUCAAAGAGACACUGCAAGCAAAAUGUUCAUUUUAAGGGACAGCUUCUUGCUCAAAAACCAUUAUGCCAAUAUCAAAUUCUCGAAUGAGCCAAGCCUAAAGGAACUGAUGAAAUUCAUAGAAAACUUAAAGGGUCUUAAAAUGGUGCUUCAUGCACAUGAACAAAGUAUCUUUGCUAAACAUUUAACGAGCUUUCUAGCCAGUUGGAAUACAGACAUCAGUCAUGUUCCUGUCACAUCAAGACAACAAGAACCUGCGGCUGAGAGUAGUACAUCGUCUUAUUCUUCUGCUGCAUCUACGCCUUCUCUACAGCAAGAAACAGCAGACCCAGCUUUGCCCACACCUCAUCCGCGUGUGCCCACCACACCCCCUGUCCCUUCCCCAGCCAUUGAAGAAGAACACAUUCAUGCCAUUCCACCUGCUUUUAUCUUGAUUGAUGAUGAUAUUGCCACACUUGAAAGUAAACUCAACGAGUUCCAUGCACAGCCACCAGUCUCAGCUACUGUCUUACAGGCGCAUCAUAAUCGCCGUGGCCUACACCAUCAUCAUCACCAUCACCAUAGUAAAAAAGGAUCUACGUCGCACCAAAACUUCUUUCAUCAAGGCACGAUAGCCAUUAUUCAUUUCACUUCAUUGACAAAAUACAAGGCGGUGCGAGAUACCAUUCAAUCUUAUGCAUUUCUGCCCUCACGCGAUCCAUUCAGCAUGCCUCGCAUUGUUGUCGUGCCAAAACCAGCAGGACCAAGACGGUUCUUGACUGCAUUACAUACGGCUUGGUAUAAUGCUGUUGUGGAGCCCCACUUUAGUGCGAUUGCUACAUCGCCAUCCAGUCCUAUGCCGCCUGCGAUUUCCAUGCUGGUUCAAAGAGAAAUGGCUCAGCAGCAACAAUCACCGAAUGAAAUAGCCAAAGUGUCUCCUUCGAUCGGUCAGACACCGCCCGCAGGUGAUUCACCAGGUCGUCGUAAUGGUAGACCUCUUAGUGGCAUUUUUAAUCCUCCUGAUAACUAUUUCUCCUCUCAACAGCAGCAUCAAGAACAACAAGCAAGUCCUGGGGCCUCUACGCAUCGACGUCGUUCGACAAACAAUAAUGGUGGUGUCGAUGAUUAUUUGACAGCCAAGAACACGCCCUUGAUGAGUUCUCUAGGUGGAUCGACAUCGCCUGCAGUAGCCAUACCAGGAGCGAGUGUAGCUGCUGCUGCUGCUGCUGCCAUCACACAGGAAGAAAACAGUAGUGGCUCAACUGCAUUAUUAAACUCAUCUGAUGUAUCAGCACCCAAUUCAUCGUCUGCUGUCUCUGAAGAGAAAACAAACGAACUGUCUAAUGACAGUACACCAUCCUCAGUUCCUGUAGAAGACACGCCCAAAAAGAAAAUGUCUAACACGAUCAAACUACACAAGAAAAAGAAAAAGACAAAGGGUACACCUUUUGCUGAUGUCGUGAGUCCACCUAUCAAUGUGUUAAUUGUAGAAGAUAAUAUUAUUAAUCAAGCCAUUUUAUCUGCCUGGAUGAAAAAGCAUAAAAUCAAGUUUUCUGUGGCUAGUAAUGGUAAAGAAGCAGUCGAUAAAUGGAAAAUGGGCGGAUUCCAUUUGAUUCUGAUGGAUAUUCAAUUGCCUGUCAUGAACGGUAUUGAAGCGACAAAAAUGAUUCGAUCUAUAGAAAAAGAACAAAAGAUUGGUGUCUUGCCCAUGUCCUCUUCCUUUUUGCGUCAACAACAAGCAGCAGCAGCAGCUACAGCAGCUACUUUGAUGAACGCACAAGAACCUUCUUAUGAAAUUGAAGCAGUCGCAGCGGAUAUUCAACGUAUGGCAGAGACAGACAAAGCACCACCCUCUAUUUUCCGUUCCCCUGUGAUCAUUGUGGCAUUGACCGCUUCGUCGUUGGAAUCCGAUCGACAUGCUGCCCUGGCUGCUGGAUGCAAUGAUUUUCUGACCAAGCCCGUCAGUCUAGAAUGGCUUGAAAAAAAGAUCAUUGAAUGGGGCUGUAUGCAAUCCUUGAUUGAUUUCGAAGGUUGGCGACGAUGGAAAAAGAAGUCGAAUGAUACGAAAAAGAUCGCUUCUGCCACCAUGGAGGCUGAACGAGAACAAAUGGUAGAAGCAGAAAGAAAGCGAAUUGAAGAACUAAGCAAGUCAAGGAGAUCUUCUUCCAUUUAUGAUAUUCCUUCCAAUAAUAGUAACAAACGACAAAACAAUAGCAGGGUUACACUAAAGCCUUCAAGAAGUGAGUCUGAUACCCAGGUCAUGCUUCAUUCAAGCGAAUCGAAUUUCCUAGUUCAGGAAACCAAAUCCAAAAAGAACAUGAAAUAAAGUUAGAAUGGAGUUUUUGAUGCCUCUCUAUACAACUAAAUAAACGGAUGAUAUGCUUAUUUUAUUAU